AUGGCUUUCAUCCCUGCGAACCGGGCCAGUCAUUACCGACCAUCGUUGAAAGCUGGUUCUAUUGUCAGAUUGGACCGAUUUGAAGUUGCACGGGUUGCACACAUGUACAAGGUCAAGGAACAUCAGUUCUUGAUCCGUUUCCUACCGUCUACACGCCUUGAUGUUGUUGGUGAAAUCCGCUCUGUCCAGGGCUCUGAUCUGAGCACCGAAUCUGCCACCACCAGAUUUGUGGUUCGCUUCUUGAUUGAACCGAAUGUAACUGUGUACCUAACUUUGUGGGAUGAAGCUGCAUCGACCUUCAGGGGCCUCUUGAAACCAGGGGAUAAAUCCAAGGCUGUAAUGUUGGUAACCACUGUUAAUCCAAAACUCUUUGGAGGUUAG